AUGAGUUCUGGCAGUUCAUCUAAACGAAACAUUUUCCAAAAGCUUAAAGCAUCAUGGCAAUCUUCCCGUGAAGAUUCUACUCCUGCGUCCAUGGAUAUUGUAGCCUUUACGGGACCAAAUGCUAGACCUGCGGAAAGCUGCUGUGUUGAUUAUUAUCAGGUGCUUGGUGUGGACCCAAAAUCUUCUCACGAAUCUAUUCGAACAGCAUACCAUUCUCGUGCACGACUCUGGCAUCCAGAUAAAAACGGUGGCAGUGACCAAAGCAAACAAAAAGUAAAGGAAUCAUUACGAUUAUGGUACAGUUACAUAACUCUGAUCUUUUCUAAUACAUUGGACAGUUUAUUCAACUACAACGUGCUUACGUUGUUCUGUCCGAUCCGAACAAAAGAGCGAUCUAUGAUCGUUUUGGAACCAUGGGUUUGGACGUUGCUGAACGCUGCGACGGGGAACAGCAACAGUACAUGGCAGAUUUUGCGAGAUCAUCAAAGUGGGCGUUGCUGCUCAUGUGCAUUGGUUUAUUGUCAUGUUGUUUUUGCUGCUACUGUUGCUUUGGUUGUUGUUCAACGUGUCGCCGCCGAUAUCGACAAAAUAAUGGAAAAACGUGUCGAGAUCGAAGCAAAAGAGAAGAGGCGAGGAAAACAGAUGAAAUGGACUCAGAGAAUUCAAUACGCUCUCAACCAACAAGAAUAUCACAGCGUCCAGUAUUUGCUCAUCACAUCAAAAUUAAAGGAAUUAUCUAACAUUUGGUUUCGUUAUAGGCUGCAUGUGGAUCACGAUUUCAAACAACAAAUCAACGUUAUGAGAAGAAUUGAACUUCCCAUUUCUUUUAAAACAUCUGUUGAAACUUCAUCCAAACAGUUUAAUAAAAAGCUUUUAUUGCACAGCAUUCUGCGUCGUUUUGGAAUUUUGGUGCAUGCAUCACCUGUAUCACCUGUGUUACGGUUAUUCAUCGAUUUGCUUGCACCGAUAAUACUUCUAUUUGUUCGGAUCGCGCGCUAG